UGACCAUUUAAAUGAAUUAGCCCCUACUUCACAUACAAAAUUAAUAAAAAGUUUUCGUUUAUUUGGACUUUCUUUGAUGGAAUGUAGAAAAGGAUUGGAAAAUCAAGUUUAUGAUGAAUAUAGAGUUGCUUCUACACAUUUUCAUAAUAAUCAUGCAAGAUAUGUUCAAUUUUUGAAGAUUGUGGGGAGUUCUCCAAGUGUGCAUCUUCAACAAGAAAUAAAUUCAAAUUUGGCCAAUAAAUUUAAAGAAAAUUCUUCCUGUAUAUUUUCUUAUCUAAAUUGGAAGAAAACAAUAAUGGACUCUUGUGGUAAUUCAAGUAAUGGAAGUAGUUGUAGUGGUGGUGGUGGGGGUAGAAGUAAUAAAAAAUAAAAGUUUUUUUUUCAUUUAUUUUUUCUGUCCUUUUUUCGUGUUUGUGUUUUAACCGGAAUUUUUUAUUUUUAUUUUUCUUCU